AUGCUCAAGCGUUCCGCAUCCACCGAAGCAUCAGAUUGCCCGGCGUCUUCAACACCAAUGACCGUCAAAAAGAAACGACGAUCUCAACCGAUGGGAAACUUGACCAAUUUUCAAAAACGUCAGCUUUGUAUUAAGUUUUCACAAGUGAAAAUGACUCAACAGGAACUUUGUCACUGGGCAAAGCGUGAAUUUCAACUCACACAUUUACCACAUCAAUCGACAAUCUCCAAGAUCUUAGCACGUUCUGAUGAAUUGACACAAAUGGCCCCACGAGAUUUAUCAGCACGUCGUAAAGGAUUAGUGACACAUCCAGAACUUGAUACAGCCUUAUGCAAUUGGGUUCUUUGUGCACGUCAUAAUGGAUAUAAGAUUUCGGGAGAUAUUAUUAAAAGUCAAGCACGUUCACUUGCAACUCAACUUGGAAUUGCAUCAACAAUGAGUUUUUCAAAUGGAUGGUUAGGUGGAUUUAAAAAACGAUAUAAUAUUCGUCUUGGAAGUGCUGCAGCUGCACUGGAUGGAGCUACAAAUGUUGGUAUGAGUAGUAGUAUUACAUCACGUGAACAAUUACAAAGUAUUGCACGUGUCUAUGAUCCACGUGAUGUUUAUUGUAUGCAUGAAAGUGGAUUAUUCUAUGAAAUGCCACCUGAGAAACCAAUAGGACGUGGUCGAGUUGCAAGACGAGAAAAUUGUGGUGAACGACUGACGAUUGUAUUUACGAUUAAUGCUGAUGCUAGUGAUCGAAUGGAACCGAUGUUUAUUGGUGCAAGUAAAUUACCAGAAUUAACUGAAGAAUUAAAUGUCGAGGAAAGUCGAGCACAAUUUUAUUAUCAAAAUAAUAAACGCGCUUGGAUGACACCAGUUAUGUUUCAAGAUUAUGUCUCAGCUAUUGAUACACGCAUGCGGGAUGAAGGACGAUACAUUUUGUUACUGGUAUCACCUGCUCCAUCACAUGUUACACUUGGACUUGAGUUGACAAAUGUGCGUCUUGAGAUUCUACCGCCAAUUUUAGAAUCUCUACCAAUUUCACUUGUCGAUACUUCGAGUCUUUCGGCUCCUUCUAUAUCUAGUACAAUGAAUACGCCCAUGUCAGAUGCUUCAUCAUCGCUCACAGAUUCUACUGUACUCCAAACAGAAUCUGCAGUAAUGUUAUCGUCGCCAAUGAAAACACCAGUGUCCGAGUUAAACCACGCCAUGACGUCUAUCACAACGUUACAGCCUUUAGAUGCUGGACUAAUUGCAGCAUUUAAACGUCGGUAUCGACGCUAUCAUAUGCUCUACGCUUUAGAUCGUUUUGAAGCAGGUAGACAGCACGUUUUUAAUGUCGAACAGCUGCAGGCUAUGCGAUGGGCACGACACUGUUGGAUGCAAGAGAUUCCAGAAGAAAUUAUACGCAAGUGUUGGGCUGCUACUGCGAUUCUCAUGCCGAGACCGAACGCAGAUACAAUGGCAGCAUUUGACUUGAUCGAGCAAGAGAUUGAUACGGAAAUUUGUGACACUGUGUCGGCACUUGAGAUUCUGCGACCGCUGCCUAUUGAUGAGUUUGUAAAUCCGCGCGACGAAAAUUCCGGAAUCCACUGCGCAGGUUUGGAAGAAUCGGAUUUUGUGUAUACAGUUCCAGACAACUCAGGUCAUGAGCUUAAACACACAAGUAAGAAAACUUUGUCGACUGAUGUAGAGACGGCGAACGAGCACAUCGCUUCAACUGAAUUGACACCACGUCUACAGGAGCUUCACGCUCGAAUUGAAGCAUCCGCAUCAUCAGCUGCCGCCGCUGCCGCGUCAGGUUUAGGACUUGCUCCGACAUUGACAGUAGGAGACCAUGCGAGUUUAGUGUCGCCCACAAGCAACGUCGAGGACGUGCUUGGCUUUUCGUCAAAGUCUGCUGAUGGACCGGCAACAAACGAGCAGCUUGUCGCGUGCUUUAAAUUGCUGCUCCCUGAACUAGAUCGACUGCGAUUUGAUGAUCACACAAAGAAAAGUAUUCGUAUGACGUUUCGAAAGCUGAAGGAGACAGUCGAACAACAGACGCUGGAUCGCAAACGUGGUACGAUGAAAAAGAUGCAGACGACCAUGUCACAGCCUUCGCAGCUUUCUUCUCCAAUUCAAACAUCGCUACCAGAGCAAGAGAUGCAGCAAUUGCACCAACAACUUUUACUGCCAUCUCCUGAAGAUGGUAGUAGUAGUACACAGGAUGUAGCCAUAUGA